UGUAAUUCAUUCAUCAAGCGUUCAAGUGGGGAACUCUUUCUCUAAUAAACAAUCAUCUGACACUUUCUCUGUGAAAACCCUUUGCCCUUUUUCCAAUUUCUUCUUUGUAUUUGUUUCAUGGUAUACAGAGGAAAGACAGCCCAAAGGGGAAAAAGAAAAAAAGUAAUGGCGGUCGUAUAUGUUCAUUGAUUGGUGGAGCAAUAUCAAAGCAAUAGAGGGAAAAAAGAGAGGGAAAGGUGAAGAAAGCAAACAGCGAAGGCAAAGAGCAGUAAACAGUUCAAGUAGUCAGCAGCACGAAACUCUUUCCUCUUUCCUUUCAUUUCCUUUUUUUUCCUCUUCCCGUUACACAUCACCUAGUGAAAAAUCUCUGUAAAACAUAUAUUCUUCUGAACCAAAACUAAUAUAUAAAUGCCCAAUACUUCCUAUAAAACACUUAGACUGUACAAAGGAGAGUGCCCCAAAUGCAAAAAUAGUAGAUGUGCUUGUAUUUGUGAUUUGUGAGUGAGAAUAAAGAUCUGGGCUUUUUCUUUUGUUUUCAAAAAAAGGAACUUGGUGGUGAAAUCUGUUGGGUGUUUUUGGUUGCUGGGGGUUAGUGGUUUACAAGCUUCGAGGAACUCAAGGAGAUAAAAGCUGUUGUUUUGUUGUCACACUUUAAGGAUCAAUAGUCUCUGUUUUUUUGGGAGCUGAAAUGUGGGGUUAAAGUGCUGGAAACAUAGAAAAAGAGAAGACUAUGUUGUUUUAACAUUAAGGUUCUGGAUCAAGAGAAAGAGCACUUGGUUAUUUUCUUUUGGGUGGGGAAGAAGAAGAUAGGAGGCGGAUGAGGCUGAAAGCGAUUGUCUUUUGUAGUAAAACCGGUUUCGGUUGAAUAAAAAAGACAACUGUUGGGGCUGUGUUCUUUGUUCUGUUUUUUUAAAGCCUUUUGCUCUAUUGGAGUAAAAAGAAAGGUUUUGGAGGGCUUUGGUCUGGUUAAAGGAGGGGUUUUGGGGAGGUGAUCCUUUUUUCUCUUGAGGGUCGAAACUUAUCUAGAAAAGAAAAAUGAGACUUUCUUCAGCAGGUUUCAAUCCACAACCUCAGGAAGAUCCCGCAGGGGAAAAGAGAGUGUUGAACUCUGAGCUUUGGCAUGCAUGUGCGGGGCCUCUUGUUUCUCUACCUCUUGUUGGAAGUAGGGUUGUUUAUUUCCCACAGGGCCACAGUGAACAGGUAGCUGCAACAACCAAUAAGGAAGUAAAUGCCCACAUACCAAACUACCCGAGCUUACCCCCGCAACUUCUUUGUCAGCUUCAUAAUGUUACCAUGCAUGCAGAUGUUGAAACGGAUGAAGUAUAUGCACAAAUGACCUUGCAACCAUUGACUCCGCAAGAACAAAAGGAGGCUUAUCUACCCGCAGAAUUGGGCACUCCCAGCAAACAGCCAACAAAUUAUUUCUGCAAAACGUUAACAGCCAGUGACACAAGUACUCAUGGAGGGUUCUCUGUUCCUCGCCGCGCAGCUGAAAAAGUGUUUCCUCCACUGGACUUCUCCCAGCAGCCUCCAGCUCAAGAGUUGAUUGCAAGGGACUUGCAUGAUAAUGAAUGGAAAUUUAGGCAUAUAUUUCGGGGCCAGCCCAAAAGGCACCUCUUGACAACAGGAUGGAGUGUAUUUGUAAGUGCUAAAAGACUAGUUGCGGGUGAUUCAGUGCUUUUUAUCUGGAAUGAAAAAAAUCAAUUACUUCUUGGAAUCCGACGAGCUAAUCGACCUCAAACUGUAAUGCCUUCUUCAGUCUUAUCAAGCGAUAGCAUGCACUUAGGGCUUCUUGCUGCUGCUGCUCAUGCAGCUGCGACAAAUAGUCGGUUCACUAUAUUUUAUAACCCAAGGGCUACUCCAUCAGAAUUUGUCAUACCUAUCUCAAAAUAUAUCAAAGCUGUCUAUCAUACUCGAGUGUCUGUUGGUAUGCGUUUUAGAAUGCUGUUUGAAACAGAAGAAUCAAGUGUUCGUCGUUACAUGGGGACGAUAACUGGCAUAAGUGACUUAGAUCCUGUUCGGUGGCCAAAUUCACAUUGGCGAUCAGUCAAUGUUGGCUGGGAUGAAUCAACAGCUGGUGAAAGGCAGCCAAGAGUUUCCUUAUGGGAGAUUGAACCGUUGACAUCAUUCCCAAUGUAUCCAUCUCCAUUUCCAUUAAGGCUUAAGCGCCCAUGGCUUCCAGGAUUACCUUCUUUCAAUGGAAUCAAGGAUGAUGAUCUAGGCAUUAGUUCUAUGUGGCUACAAGGAGAUGCAGCGCAAGGAAUGCAGCAUCUGAAUUUUCAAGGGAUUGGAGUUACACCAUGGAUGCAGCCAAGGCUAGAUGCCUCCAUGAUGGGUUUGCAAACUGACAUGUACCAAGCUAUGGCUGCUGCUGCAUUGCAAGAGAUGAGAACCGUGGAUCCUUCCAGAUCAGCAACUACUUCCCUUCUGCAUUUCCUGCAACCCCAGAAUAUCUCCUGCAGGCCUGCUGCUCUGAUGCAGCCCCAGAUGCUGCAGCAGUCUCAACCUCAGGCCGUACUUCCGGAUGUUGUUGAAGACAACCAGUCUCAAACUCAGCCACAUCUACUUCAGCAACAAUUGCAACAUCAGAAUUCGUUUAGUAACAAACAGCAACAGCAGCAGCAGCAUCCAUUGUUUAAUGGCCAACAACAACAUCAGGCCCUGCAUCCGCUGUUUACUACAAACCAACAGCAACAGCAGCCACAGCAUGCACUGUCACAGCAGCAGCAGCCACAGCAUAUUUCUAGUGCAGUGUCUGGCAUAUCGGUGUAUGCUUCAGCCUCUCAAUCCCAAUCAUCUCCAUUGCAACCCAUACCUUCACUAUGCCAACAACAGAGCUUUUCUGAUUCUAUUGGGAACCCUGUGGCCAGCACUGUCGUUUCACCUUUGCAUAGUCUUUUGGGUUCCUUCCCCCAAGAUGAAUCUUCCAAUCUGCUCAACUUGCCACAAACUAACCCCGUAGAAACUUCUGCUGCAUGGCCAUCUAAGUGGGCUGCUGUUGAUGUUCUCUCAUCCGGGUCUCCACAGUGUGUUCUACCACAGGCGGAACAGUUGGGGCCAUCCCAAAUGAACAUGUCUGGAAACUCUAUCUCAUUGCCUCCUUUUCCCGGCAGGGAAUGCUCGAUAGACCAAGGGGGUACAGAUCCACAGAGCCAUCUCUUAUUUGGUAUUAAUAUAGAGCGUUCAUCUGUUCUACUGCAGAAUGGGAUGACAGGCCUUAGGGGAGUUGGCACUGAUAGUGAUUCCACUUCUCUACCCUUCUUUUCUAAUUAUAUGAGUACUGCAGGGACUGAUUUUUUCAUUAAUCCAGCAAUGACACCUUCAAGUUGCAUUGAUGAAUCUGGAAUCUUGCAGUCUCAGGAAAAUGUGAGCCAAGGAAACCCACAAACUAGAACCUUUGUUAAGGUUUAUAAAUCAGGGUCUUUUGGAAGAUCAUUGGAUAUUUCUGCAUUCAGCAGCUACAAUGAGCUCCGCAGUGAACUUGCCCAAAUGUUUGGCCUUGAAGGCCAGUUGGAGGACCCCUUGAGAUCAGGCUGGCAGCUUGUAUUUGUUGACCGGGAGAAUGAUGUUCUUCUCCUCGGCGAUGACCCCUGGCCGGAGUUUGUUAACAGUGUCUGGUGUAUCAAGAUACUUUCCCCGCAGGAAGUGCAGCAAAUGGGCAAACGUGGCCUGGAGCUUCUGAACUCCGUGCCAGUUCAGAGGCUCUCAAAUGGCAGUUGUGAUGAUUACAUGACCCGACAGGGCUCGAGAAAUCUCAGCUCCGGUAUCGCCUUUGUUGGUUCUUUGGACUACUGAAUGAAUUCUAGACCUGUUACAAUACUGUUUUUCACCUGUAAUAGUACUGUGCCGUGGAAAAAACCUUUUUGUAGGUGGAAACAACUGCCUAACUCUAGCUUUGAAGUUUAUAUUCAUACAAGCCAAUAGUGAUACUGUAAUUAUAAAAAAGAUCCCUGUAUCCUAUGUUAUUAAAGCAAGCUUAGCUUUUUCCA